CACACUGACUCUGGCUGACCAGUUGGCUUGUGGCAACGAGGGCAGUCCUGGGCGCUGCCCGCAGGUCCCUUAGCCAGCCAUGGCGCGGCCACUGAACAUGGACACCCUACAACAGAACUUCUGGAAGGAGGAGUACAACAAAGAGCUUGUGAUGCGCUACCGCUGGCACCAGAAGUACGGCGCCAUCGUGAAGGCCAAGCAGCAGGCGCAGAGGGAGCGUCGGAAGAAGGCUGUAGACAACACCUUACGGCUCCCCUCUGUCAAGCCCGCCCCACUGGACGUAACCCCCCAGCGCCCCAUCCCGCCUCUCACGGCAGCCCCCGCAGGGCUGGCGCGGGAACGGGACCUGACCGGGGUGGACGCCGCGAUCCUGGAGAUGGAAAUGAAGCCUGCGCCUCGGGAGUUGCGCAACCUCCUGUACCAGGGCAUCUCGCACGAGGACGAAGGGCGCAAGCGCUACCUGAAGCUGCGCCUGCUCUUGAACCCGGAGGACAAAUAUACCUUUCCUGUCACCACCAACUUCAACUAUGGCUGGCAGAUGGGGAAACUGGCCACCAGCCACGUCGCCCCCACCCCCAAGUGCCGCAUCGACAGCUUCUUCCGCAAGAACGGCGCCUUCUCCCUGCUCCACCCGCGCGACGUGGCCCUCUGAGCGAGACCUGCCUGCUCCCCCGGCUUCGCGCUUGCAAACAAAGCUCUACAUGUUUUA